AUGACGACCAAGGUCCCCGAGCCAAUGCAAUGUGACCAAGAAGGUGAACAAGGUGAAGAUGGUGAUGCGAAGGGAUCCCCAACAGAGAUUGCAGAGUCUGAGGAGGACAUUAAGCCACCUGCUAUGGAGGUUGAGGUGAAGCAGGAGAAGAGAAAACGGGAACGUGAUGUCCGCCGUCGUUGUCGAGGUGAUCCUGCUGCUGCUGCCGCCGCCUGCGUUCCUGUGGAUGACAGUGAAGAAGGUGAGUCUGAGUUGGAUAGUCCCUCGAAGCGUGCACUACAUGGGGAUGAUGCUCCACUAAGUAGCCGUGACAUCAAAGAACUCCUGUUUGGUCAUGUCAAAGAGAUGAAGGAGGCGUGGAGGACCUUCCAAGGGAGACUUGACCAAUGUGAAAGUGUCCAGGUCCAGCAGAGCCAUGAGAUGAUCAACAUCCGAACCCGGACUGCCGCUGUCGAGAAAACAGGAGCUGCCAUACAACGCACACAAGAGACUACCAGUAAGAGGGUUGAUGACCUGGCUGAAGAGGUAAAGAACAUGAAGGUACAGCUUGGCGAGAUCAAGGCGAAUGGUAUCGGCCCAGCCUCGAAGGGUUUCGCCGCUGCUCCUCCCUCUGAUCCCUGGGCUUCGUACUUGCAACAGCGAAAUCCCAAAGAUGUGACCGGAGGGGUUCCUGGAGGAGUUACAGAUGGUGCUGAACCUGCUUCGUCCAGUGGCCGUUCGGGAGAUGUUCUCUCUGAGGAGGAGAAGCGAACGUUAGUUGUCGGUGGCUGGGCACGAGACACUAAAAGGUCCAUCAUUGAGCAGGAGAGUGCGGCCUUCCUUGCGACUGAAGGGAUGAAAAAGCUCCUUGAUGUCGACUCCUUGGCUAUCUAUGGGCCCCGUCGGUCUGUCGGUAUGCUGAAAUUCCAUCUACGGGAUGGUGAAGGACCUCAGGAACUUCGCACACGCAUGUGGGAAGUCAUCAAACUCUUCUCUGCCACCAAGGUUGAGUUGCCCAGCACGAAAGAGUUUGGAGCGCCAAAGACGAUGUGGGCGAGUUUUGUGAAAACGAAGAAUGCACGACUCCGGAGCACCUUGGUUUCUCAGGUUCGUCGAGUUGCAUGUGAUCUCGCUAUGGGCACCAAGAAUGCUGAGGGAGGAAUUUUGAACCUCCUCAACACACAGUUCUCGGCAUAUGACUGCGAUUGGAACAUGGGAACAGUGUGGUGCGGGCAACACAAGCUCGCAAGCGCAACACACAAGGCACCAAGAGACAGUGAGACGGUGCUUCUUUCGGGAGGUUGGGUGGACCUUCGGGCUUUGGCUGCUACGGCGGGAUGCUCUCCAGACGAGAAUUUGCCGGGAGAGUUUGAUGGCAGGAGCGAAUAUGCUGGCCUCCCAAAGGGACGAACUCUUUCAGCUUGGCGGAGUGUUUCCUCACGAUGCUCUCGUUAUCGCUGGGGUAGAGUGGCUCAGUGGAACCUCGCUGGGCAACCCUUGAUUCCCUUGGACCUUGUUGCGGCUGAUGCAAGCAUCUUGUUUGUGCAGGAAAUUGCGAAAGGGAAAGUUGGCUGGGAUGGAGUUGAUACGACUGCCUUCCACUGGGUGACACACCGUGAUCGUGAUCAAUGGAGAGGUGUUGGAAUUGGCUUCGCGAAUGAGAUCUUCGAUAGCAUCAUCCAUAAAGUUCACACAAAGCGAGGGAUCUGGGUUCUUGCUCGUCUUGUGGGCCUGGGGAGAGUUGUGUGUGGCUCCUUGCAUGCUCCGACCGGCGUGACCAAUCUUGAGUAUCAAGCAGUUGAUGCCAAUGAAGUUCCGUCCUGGAUUGUUGAAGAUGAGAAAGCAGGGGAUGACCAAGCCCGAACUGCAACUCACUUCCCCAGAGAUGAAACUCGCUCGGGAAGACAGAUUGAUAUGAUCUUCACACGUGGCUUGUGCCCUCCACCCCUCACCAUUGAGCCUGAUCGUCGCUUCUCCAUCAAUACCGAUCAUGCAAUUCUACACUGUGAGCUCUUCCGCCAGGGCAAAGGGUCCUCUCGGAUCUGGGGCAAUGACUCGCGGGCUAGAUGGGUGAAUACUGAGCUCCCCGAUGCCACUCUCGUCGACGACACUGACAUCACUGAGCUUGCCCGCACCUGUACCCGACCCCGUCGGAGCCAGGCGUACAAGGACUCAGCGGAGAUCAAGGACACGGUCAAAGAAGCUCGCAGGACGAAUGACAUGGCCUCCUGGAAACGUGCACACCGUCUUCGCAGAAGAGCGCGACGUGAUUGGGAGGAUAAACGCCUGAGUCGCAUUCUGGUCGGAUCCUGGGAUGAGUUUAGACAGCUUCAGAACGAGAAAAAACGACGUCGAGGCUGGUGGGGCAACUUGCUGCAGGACAAGGCCAGUUCCACACUCACGAGAGAAGUACGUGAACAUCUUGAGAAGAAGAUGGUUGAUCCGAGUAGAACAAACUGGGAUGUUGAACUUGCACAGACCAUCAAGGACGUGACCAUUGAGGGAGAGUUUCUGGAGUUCACCAUCCUUGACAUCCGCGUUGAACUUCAACAGAUGAGAUGCCGAAGCUCUAUUGGGCCUGAUGGGAUCAGUGUGCACCUAUUGAGGGAGAUUUCAAGCCAUGACACCCUUGCCCCUCAGUUUGUUGCUCUGGUGAAUCACAUCAUUCGGACUGGAGAGACCCCGGAUAUUUGGCGUGAAAGCUUCCUGGCAUUGCUUGCGAAGUGUCGCCAAGCAGCAGACUUGAUCGGAAGUGUCUGCAGAGCUCGUGAUGUGAUCCGCGAAUGGAGGCUUCCUUGUCUUUUAUGCAAGCUGGACGUUGCAGGUGCCUUUGACAAGGUCGACCGUCGGAAAGUGGCCCAGCUGCUUCGCACCAGAAUGCACGGGAAGAACUUGAGCCAUGAACUUAGAUAUCUUCUUGGAGAGCUUCGCACUCACAGACUGCAAGGAGCUGUUCCUGGGGGAGACCUGAUUGCUCUGGAGCCUAAUAACGGGAUUAAACAAGGUGCUCCCGAAAGCGCCGAAGUUUUUGGGCUCCUGAUCGACUCCCUCCUCUCGGAAUUGGUCGAGUGCAGUCAGUGGCGUAAACUACCUCGGUGCGCCCCUGACAUUGACAUUGACUUACUCUUCUACCAGGAUGAUAUCUUUGUUCUUGAGUCUGACUUAGGCCGUUUGAUUCGGAGGAUUCGGGUGAUCAACAAAUGCUUGGGAACGGCUGGAUUGCAUUUGGCCACCUCCAAGACGAAGAUAGUUGCCAGUCCUGACUAUGGUGGCCCUCGUCGUGCCAGUGUUGGGGAGGACAUGUUUGAGAUUGCUGCACCAGAUGACUCGCUCAAGGUCUUGGGACUUGACUUCUCUUUCACGGCCGGACCGUCCCAACAAGCUCAGGAACUCUUGGGUCGAGCAAGGGGUGCGGCUGCCAAGCAUCAGGACAUUCUAUGUGCCAGUGGACCUUGGGCGAAGAAGAUUGACAUGAUCCGCUGUCUUGUUGAAUCCCAGUGGUCCUGGACUGCAGGCGCGCUCUAUUGGAGCGGUGAGAACUGGGUCACCUGGAAUAGCCGCACGCUUCGAUUCUGCAUCCGGCUAGAUUUUAUGCUGCCUGCACAGAGCGACAGCUUGCCGACACCCAUGGUGCGCUCUGGCACGUUCUGGCACAAGACAGAAUUGCAUGGAAGAUUUUCUUUGUGGCCCUCCUGCCCCGUGAACUCCUUCGUCAACAUGUUGCUCCUCCGUGUGCUGGCGCUGCCUUACCUGGUGCUGGGAGUUGUGUGGGAGACAGAAAUGGAUGAUCCGGAGAACACGUCGGCGACGGGCUCCUCGUGUCUGUGUUCGGAGACCCCACAGACACCGAUGCCUACAUCCUCGCACCCUCCGUGGACCCACGAACAGUACAUACACUUCAUGGCGGCUGCUUGGGAUGAGAAUGUUUCGGCCUCUCUUCAAAUCGAGACUUUUGCGGAGGAAGAGGUUGCUUUUGAACAUGCCUCCUCAGCCCCUCAUCCGGAGAUGCUCCCUGUUCCUUUCCUUCCUGGAGGAGUUGAGCAACCUGCUGUUGACUGGGCGCUGGUCUUCGACAAUCUCAGAGAUGCUGCACCCUACCUCGAGUGCUUCCUCAACGACACCUCCGACCUCAUCCCUGCCGACGUCUACGUGGUGUUCUUCUUCGGCCUCGUCUUCAUCCACAUCGCCCUGGAGCCCACCUUCUACCUCACCUGCUAUGGAAAAUGGGCCGUGAUGGGUGCGGAGGAGAGGGAAGAUGGCCCAGUAGUCGUCGCCAAGUCGUUCUAUGGGGAGACCUUCGAGGUGUGGUCCAGUGGUCUAGGUGCCGCCCAUGACAACGCCACGACUGCGGGUGAGGAUGCAAACACGGAGGUGAGCACCGCUGAGAUGAACACCACAACAGAUACGGCCAAUGUUGACGACGACUCGGGCCCUGCAUCCUCAACCGAUGCCGCUGGCUCCUCACAUGAGGCGGAGGGAUGCAGCGAUGGCUCAAGCAGCAAAGACGCAUGCGGGAAUACUUCGCUGGUGCGUGGCGGAGUGGACCACAUGGACAUCUUGGAGUUGGGUUGGGAAUGCUACAUCGUGGAACUGGACUGGGAAUUCGACAUGCACAUCCUGGCAUGGUUCCUCUUCCUCGUCUCCUGGUUCCUCGUGGUCUACAUCUCCGUGGAAUUCCUCUUCAUCAUGGUCUGGUUGGACGACGAGCUCUACCACGACGACAUUCCACAUGAAUGGUUCCCCGCUGAGAAUCACAACAAUGCCGCUAUGGGAUGUUGUUCUACGACGUGGAUGCGCAGCCCCUUACCUUCAAUCUGCACAUGUGGAACUACAACGUCUACCACCACUGCCUCUCCUGGGGGAGAAGUGACUGACGAGGACGAUGAGGAGGAGAUGAGCACACCACUCCCAAAUGCAGGGCUCUUCCCAGAAGUCAGGCCUGCCACAGUCUCCCUUCUCACGGGGCGACCUCUACCCGAGUUCGAGGAGACGAUGCUGAUGCAACUCACGGGAGCUGAGCGCCGUCGCCUUGAGGAGCGUGGCGUUCCUGCAAACAUGGUCCAGCGCGUUGAGAACCUCUUCCAGAUAUUGGAUCGUAUGCAAGAACAAGAUCAGGGCCCAGAAGGCAGAUGGGCUUUAGGAUGUCUUCGUCAUCGCCUCAUUGACGGGAUGGAGGCUCUGGAAGCCCUUUAUGAGGUGAUCACCCGACGACUGGUCCCCCGAGGCUUUCUCCCUAUUCGCCGUGUACCUCGGGAAGAACAGCAAAGAUGGAGACUUUUCAAUUGGAUCCAGAACUACGUUGAGCUUUUCACCACUACACUUGAACGCCAUCUGUCAGUACGCCUACAACCAGCUGAUACUGAAGGCACACCUUCUAUGCCAGCAUCCUCACCGGAGCAGGUAAGUCUCCCGUCAAGUGAGGGGGCGCGCUCUUCUAGAGGGACGGAGGCAGCCAGUUCUUCAACUUCGGGGAGGCGCUCUUCUUCGCGCAGACGUGCCUCUCGGCGGAGGGACAGGCGAACCAGAUCCCGAAGUCCGACGGGGACUAGUGUACAUGUGCCGUCGAUGAACAGUGAGUGGGCUGCGAAUUCGCAGGGAGAAUUGGUUUGGGUACCGCCAAGAUCGCCCACACAUGGCCCCUUUGGCCCUCCCCCUCCCAUGCCAGUCAACCUCCCGACGGAUGAACUGCAAGGAAUAUGGCGUGAGCCUGUGGAAGCAUCCUCCUCCCAUAGUGACACCAUGCAUGACGAAGACCCGGAGAACUCUGCUGGCGGCAUUGGUGCUUUUCCACUUGAUGAUGCGGGCAUUGCACCUGCAGAGGACAUCUCCUCCACAACGUCCACGAGCACGACUUCCUGGUCUUCCACCUCUGCAAGUUCGACAAUGACUACGUUUUCCUCAUGGUCGUGGUCUGCCUCACUGAAUCCGAUGAUAUUCUCUGGUUGGGGAAUGUUCGGGAUGAUGGAAUCUUGGGAUGAUUUGCAAAAUCUCAGUGUGUUGACUUCCUCUUCGACGACGACGACAAGCUCAUCAUCCCUGGGCAUAACCUGGCCGUCUGACGUGGUCCGAGACGUGGUGAAUGUCAACCUCAUCCACGGUGGGAGUGUAGAUGUGGUUGAGCUUGUUCGACGCCUCCUUGUGCAUCUUCGACGAGGACGCCACCGACAACGUCUACUGGAGGAUGCCAUUGAAGAGGCACUCAACUGGAUUCAGAUCCCACUUCCAGCUGUACCACUCAAUGCUGCCACUUACGAGCAAGCCAUCUGGUCAACGAUUCUUCAUCAGGCUGAAUUCGGCUCUGGACCUACCACCACCUCUAUGAACACGACUGUGUCGGCCCCUUCGGCACUCCUCACGCCUGGGUUCCCUAUGUCAGUGGAGGCGAUGCUUGCGAUGUUCCCAGGGACGGCGCCAAACACGAUUGUUGGAUAUCGUCGUCGUGCCUGGAGAGUCCAUAGCAGAAGGCUCUAUGUGGAACAAGCUUUGGCAGCUCCUGAAGGCAAUUGGCCAUCUGAGAAUAACGAGACACUCUACUUAGUGCAGCAGGAUGAGACAAUGCACCUGGAUCUGCUACUUUUGGUGGAGUACCUGGAGGUUCGACUGUGGGAAGAAGACGUCAUCGCAUUCGACGACCUCCUCCUCGCUUUGUUGAUGCUGCUGAAAGUCUUCAUGAACCCCGUCGUGGACAAGCUGCUCAUCUUCCUGUCCCACUUCGUCGACCUCGUGCUCUACAUUUUCGUCGCCGGGCUGUACGUCGUCGGGUAA